UUCCCUCCAAAAACCAAACAAAAACUAGAGCAAGAAUCCUCCCUCUACACCAACUACGACUCCCUAAUCUCCACCCUCCCGCGCUCUUUCGCCAGCCUCGGCCUCAAGAUCCUCCAUGGAACCCUCGCUGCCCACGACCACUUCCACCCUCUCCCCAGCGACAUCCUCCUCUCCUCCCUCCCCAAAGUUGGCAUCACCUGGUUCAAAGCCCUCGCCUUCGCCGCCCUCCAUCGCUCCGAUGAAAAUCUCUCCUCCCUCCUCCUCUCCCUCAACCCUCACCAAUGCAUCCCUACCCUUGAAUACCAGAUCUAUGCCAAACUGACCUCGACAUCCUCCCCUCACCUCACCUGCUCGCCACCCACACCCCCUACUCGCUACUGUCGAAACCCAAUGGACACGUUCAUAUCAAUGUGGAAGUUCAUCAACAGCGUGGUCCCAGAUGCGCAUGAGAUGACAAGACUGGAGGGCUUCCUGGAGGUGUUCCUGGCCGGAGGUUACACGUCAGGCCCGUUCUGGGACAAUGUGACAGAGUAUUAAGCAAGCGGGGAGUAGCCGGAGAGGGUAAUGUUUAUGAAGUAUGAGGAUAGGCUGGUGGAGUUUGGGGAUUGGAGGAACUAUUUGACUCCGGAGAUGGCGGAGAGGCUCAGGACGGUGACAGAGCAGAGAUUUGGCGCCAUUGGAUUUGUCAAUUGAAUACUGUCCUCAAU